AUGAGAAUCCAGUCAACCCCCCUCCAGCGGGCGCCCAUCUUGACUCUCUGUCUUGUACAGGUAGCUGCUCAAGAAGCGUAUCAAUGGCCAUCCUAUAGGCCUCUAGAGUAUGCCACUCCUGUCUCCGCAGCACAGGAGGCUCCUACAUACGCCAGGCCUUACUCACAGCUUUCUACUCUACUCGAACCACGAUCGACCACGACUUGGAAUGCUCCCGAUACGACUCCCACAGAUCACGGCAUGGAAUACGGCAACGCCGCCCUAUCUUCCCUCUGGGCCCCAAUCCCCGUCCUCUCACCAUCAUUCACCACAACCGCCUCGCCAACUCCGGUCCCCAGCGCUGAACUCAUCAAGCCGCCACCUUUACCACUUCAACCGUCACAAGACAUCACAUCCAACAAGACCCUCACAUUUCCAGAGGAUUUUCAAUGGGGGUUCGCCGGCGCAGCCCUGCAAAUAGAAGGAGCCAUACAGAGCGAAGGCCGUGGCCCAAGCAUCUGGGAGAACCGCUCCAGGGGAAACUACUCCUCCAGCCCCGGCGCCGGCCCGCCCGACAUCGCGGCAUUGAACUACUACCUCUACAAACAAGACAUCGCCCGCCUCGCCGCCGUCGGCGUCCAGUCCUGUCCGCUCUUCUUGGGUGAGAAUGUGCCACAGUCUAUGAUUGAUGCCGUUGGUGACAGGGUCCCUUCGUAUACACCUGAGGAGCUCGAGUUAUUCAAUGGGACUGCUGACUUCUUUGCAUUUGAUAUUUACACUGCUUCAUAUCAUUCAGAGCCUGAAAGUGGCUUUGGGGCAUGUGCUGCUGAUUCGGAACAUCCUUUGUAUCCCGAGUGCACCGUUACUUCCACCUCGCGAGGAGGGUGGGAGGCAAACUUUCAUGGUAAUGUCGACAGGCCUGCGGUGCCAGCUGAGCACGUCCGGGCGAUUCUCGGUUUUCUACAGGCCACCUACCCUACCAAAGGCGGCAUCACGAUCGCAGAGUUCGGACUCCCUGCUUUCAAAGCCUCCGACAUGUCAACAGAUCAUAUCCGGAGUGACUUGGCACAGUCUGAGUUCUACAUCCCCAUCCUGAAUGAGGUUCUGAAAGCAAUCAACAUUGAUGGUGUCCACGUCAAGGGGCUGUACGGCUGGUCUUAUCUCGACAAUUGGGAAUGGGGCCAGUAUGAUGACAAGUACGGUGUGCAAGGGUAUAACCAGACGACACAAGAGCGUUUCUAUAAGCGGGCAAUCUUUGACUACGCUGGUUUCAUGCAGGAACACAGGGCAGCUUGA